AUUCUAUUUACAGUUAGGGACAUUUUGCUUGUGUGCUUACUGUCGUUCCACCAAACUUUAGCUUUACUAUUUGUAAAUCUUUUUGUGUGUUUAUUCUGAAUACAUCUAUCAAUAUUAGAAACGUUUCUCAGUCAUAUUCUUGAGAAUAUUGUUAGGAGAGUGUAUAACUCCUGGUUACAAUUUUGGUACAUCACGCCAAGACUUUCGCAUUGUGGUUGAAUUAAUUCACUGGCCAUUUACGAGACAACAACAACUAGAAGUCUAUUUUGAAGAGAGUGAUUGAAAUGACACCCCAUCCUGAGGAUAAUCUUCCUGGUAGUCAGAAGCGUUCUCCCCUGGGUCUACCCUUGAAGGUAGGAGAUGCAGACCACACCAAGACUAAUCGGAUAUGGAGUAAAGUACGGGACAACCUCUGCAAGGCACCAGAGCGGCACAGACAAACGUUCUUGGCGGAGAUGCCAAAUGCAACAGCGAUAUUGCCCUACUGCUGGCAGCUCUUUGCUCCAGACUUCAACAAGUAUAUGAGACAUGAGCUGUGUGACCUUCCUUUUGGUCAUUUCUUAGAAGAGAAGAAGAUAUUGAACUGGUGUCCUAUUUUCACCAAGCUCUACCCACUCAAUGCAACAGGUGAUGGAAAUUGUCUACUUCAUGCCAUAUCCCUUGCCUUGUGGGGUGUAGAAGACACUGACCUUUGGCUUCGCAAAGUGCUUUACACUGUAAUGAGGGGAGAGUUUGCAGGAGCCAAUGAAUCGCGAUGGAGACGGGAAAGAAACCUCUAUGAUGCUAAGCAUAUUCCUGGUCAAGGUUUUCGAUACAACACCAAGGAAUGGACAGCAGAAUGGAAGAUUGUUGUUGAUAUCGCCAGUCCUGAACGUCGCAUUGAUCAAACGCUGGGCCUGCCCUAUGAGUGUCUGGAGGAAUUCCACAUCUUCAUCAUGGCCAACAUCCUGCGACGUCCUAUUAUCGUGGUAGCAGAGAACAUGUGGCGUGAUGCAGCAGGCAAAUCUCUUCAGCCCAUGAACUUCAACGGUAUCUACUUGCCUCUUGGAUGGGAUCCCAAAGAAUGCGUCCCUCAUCCCAUCUUGUUGGGAUAUCACCAGAUGCACUUCUCGCCCCUGCUCUGCACCGCCCCGUCACCCUACAAAAAGGAAGAAGACUUUUACUGCGUGCCGCUGGUCGACCAUGUCAUGAAAAGCCUUCCGAUCCACUUCUUGAAACCAGAGGAGGAAGGACAGGAAACCAGGCUUCUGCAGAUGUACCUGAUCUGUGAGGAAGUAGGGAUUGGGGACCGACUCAUCAUGUGUGCCAGACUAGCGACAGAUCCCCCCAAGGAGGAAAUGGAUGUCUUUCAGUCCUACUUGAAUGUUGCAGAGACAAGGUAUAGGAUGUACUCAGAGGAGCAGCAUAAUCCUGAGAAUGCUGAAGCUCUAAAAGCAGCAGGGAUGAUGUCUGCCAUCAGCACGAAGCAGUUGAAUGAGAAACUAGCUGCUGCAGGUGAUCCAACGCUCACUGGACAUCCUGGACAUGAUUCCAAAUUGGAACCAUCGGUUGCUUCAACUGGAAGAUCACCUGUGAAUGAUGCCUUUGAUAUGGAAACUGAAGAGAGUAUUAUGAUAUCAAGUACCGCGCUACUGUCAAGUGGUAUUAAGGCACCACCAACGGAUGCCAAGAAUACCAGAUAUUCUGCAAGAACAACCCUUGCCUGUAAGAAUCCAGGCUGUCACUACUUGAGAGUUUUGGCGAGUGACGAGUACUGUGAGAGGUGUUACAAGGCCAUGUCUUCGGUUGGCAAACAGGCCUUCAAGAAAUGCCGCGUUGAUUCCUGCUUGAAUGGUGGAGAGAGGAAGUAUGAGGGGCUUUGUCAGGUGUGCUAUGACCAGAAUACAUUCAUGAAUGAAGAUACUGCUCCUAUUGGCCACCCAACAAGCCUAAAGGACCUAAGCACAAGUCCCAAAUUCUAUGGACUGAAUGCAAGAGGUCCUGUUAUCUUUGACCCUGCUACUAAGCAGGAUGGAAACGGAAUGGAAGUAGAUGAAGAUAAAACUUCUGAUAAUAUGUUGAACACUAACGUUGUUAAUGAAUUCACAGUGGGAAGCAAGCAGUGCUCUAGCCCAGGCUGUGAAUUCACGGGUAAUCCAAACUUUGGUGGUUUGUGCAGCAAGUGCUUCAAAGACAAGAAAGGACUAGAGCAACAAAAUGCAACAGGAUCUGAGCCUUUGGGAUACCUUGAUAGAUCUCCUCCACAAGAAAUUCCAUUGACAGUAGGUAAGAAGAAAUGUAUUAUGCCAGAAUGUGAAUUGACUGGUCAUCCAGAGAAAGGGGAUCUUUGCAGUGGUUGCUUCAGCAGACAGACAGAAAUUGGUUGGGAAUCUGGGUUACCAGUGAAGACCAAAGACAAGAAGCCUCAGCCACUUCCAGAUAAGACUAUUCCAGGAAUUUCAAGGGGCUUCAGUGCGGAGAGACAAAAGCAGCUGUUGAAGGAAGUGCCUCAGCAGUGUCGUACAUCUAAGUGUGAAAUGUUUGCUCACCCCAGCCAAAAUGGAUUAUGUUCAGCCUGCUACAAGGAAUCCCUAGCAGGCAGAUCUAGUCCUCGCGACACCGGGAGAGCACUACCUUUAUCCCAACGAAAACAAGCAAAAGAUCAAGAAGGCAGCAGAUAUAGACCAAUACUGCAGUUCACUGUGCAGAAGAACAUGUGUGCCAUUCCUGGAUGCAACGGUGUCCGUCUCCAAAUUGGAUCAGGUGACCUCUGCCGCACUCACUAUGAAGAGAGCUCAAGAAGGUAUAGCCCAACAACCACCACACCUUCACCCUCAGGGGCCUUCAAAAGAACAGGCAUGCCAUCUGUGGGUGGGAGAGUCCAGCCCUCGGCUCCCCCACAAAGCAUCUACGCCUCCCAGUCAGGUUACCGCUCUAAUGGAGUUUCCAACCAUAGGGAGGUUCCGCAAGCUGUUGAACCAAGCCAAAUGGCUAGGACAACUCUGGAGAUCUGUUCACAUCCUUGUUGUAAGAACCCUGCAGUUCCUCCAACUUACAUUGCCUGUAGAAGAUGCCUGAGCUUUGUUGAUAAGGUCAAUCAGAUGGAGGCUGCCAUCAAGUCUGUUCGUGGAGAGGGCGCUGUUUCCGAGACUCCUGCUGUCCGUAAAGCUUCAGAGAAUGAUGAGAUGUCACCAAUCGCCUUAGAGACUGGAAGAGAUCCAUAUGACCCACCCACUGAAACAGUUAGAAAUCUGGAUAUCCAUGAAAAACCUUCCUCCGCUGGAAUCAAGGGUCAGUUUCAAUAUGACUAUAUCAAAAGGGUCAAGUGUCGAGCUGUAGGAGGUUGCCCAUAUAACAUGUUUGGAAAUCCUCAAUACGGUGAUCUCUGCACGGAGUGCUUCGACCGGGAUGUCGUCUUUCCUACAAAGAAGAAUUUCACUAGCAGUUCUGUUCCACUGAAAAAAUUGUCUCGUAGUAGUCACACCCUCCCUCCGAAGUCCCAAUCGGCUGUAAUCUCUGGUACUAGCACUACUUCCAGAUCAGCGGCACGUGCGUCCAACUACCAGAAGUGCAGCAGCCAAGAUUGCCACAACCAGGCGAAUCCUCAGAUCAUGGAAGGCUACUGCAAUGACUGCUACCCAGCCUACAAGUCAAAGGAGGACAAGAAGAAGAGUCGCGCAUCUGCUGGAGCGCGGGAUCGGUCCGCACCAUCAUCCAGAACAUCCAAGAGAGAGGCGCUGCUCGGGAAACAGGAUGAUAGUUUCCCGAUAUCAGCACCUAGAUGUUAUAAUGAUACCUGUUCCAACUAUGGUAAUGAUCAGUGCAGGGGAUAUUGUAAUGGUUGCUUUCAGAAAUUAAUGAACCAAACAGAUUUAGUUUAGAUCUCUGUAGCUAUAGUGGAAGUGACUGACUGAAAGUGAUCAGACAUUUCCUAUUGUUAAGUAAGCAUCACAAGUUUCCAGUAGAGGCAGAUACUGGCGCUAUACAAGAAACCAUCAUCUACAGAUAAAAUGGAAUAGAAUCAAGAAAUUAAUCAUGUAUAUAGAAUCCAAAUGUACAAAAGUAAUUUAUUUUUGUAAUAUUAACUCAUAUAUUCAUUUAUUUCAAAAAUAAAUUGUGAAAUAUAUUUCUUCAAAAUAGCAAAAUAUUUCCUUGUAAAAAUAUAAUUUUAUAUUAUUGUUCAUAUUCAUGUGACCAGUAGCUGAAAUAGAAGUUCAUUUUCUUGAUUGAAUUUAUUUUCUGUGAUCGAGGACUGGAGAAAUGGGGGGGGGGAGUAAGCUAAUCAAUCUUUGAAAAAUUUGUCAUUAUCAGCAGCAUGAAUGGGGGAACAGUUUCAAUUUAAAAUACAAUUUAAAAUGCAUCCAUGUUUUCAUUAAACUUGUUAUUUUUAGUCAUUGAUUUUGAGGAGCAUUAGUUUUCUCUCUAUUCAAUAUUCAAUACAAAAGUAUUUACAAUGCAUGUAGGAUUAUUUAAAUAUGUAAUUUAUUUUCACAAUUCAAAGCAUGAUUUUUUAAAAUUCAACCGAUAUACUAUAUAUGUCAAAUGUAUUUGGGAUGAAAGAUAACCCCCAAGAUUUUCAUGACCUACAUGAAUAUGCCCAGCUAACUAUGAAAUAAAGAUUUUCAUGACCUACAUGAAUAUGCCCAGCUAACUAUGAAAUAAAGAUUUUCAUGACCUACAUGAAUAUGCCCAGCUAACUAUGAAAUAAAGAUUUUCAUGACCUACAUGAAUAUGCUCAGCUAACUAUGAAAUAAAUUAUGUUGGAUAUGAUUUCCAUUUCCAUGAAUGAUUAAGUUUUAUUGGAAAUUAAGUAAAAUGCAGGCAUGUUAUUAAAACCCGAUUAUAUUUUUUGCUUUACGUACUCAUUUAAUUGUGAAAGAGGCAGUUUUGAAACCCGUAAAACUCAGCAUGCUAUUUUCAUUCCGUUUGUGUGUCGUCUUUGGGAAAUGGUGUAACAUUUGAAAUUAUCAUCAUUACCUAUCAAAUCUUAAUAAUUUACAAUGUUCCAAAUGGUGAUAUGAAAAUAAUAUCAAACUUGUAGUCUAUUGCAAGCCUACCUGUUGAAAUAAAAGCGAACUAAAGGUGCUUUAGUCAAAUUACAAUUCCAAAAUUCAAGGUGAUAUGAAUUUGUUGGUAGUGCUAGGAGUCCACCGGGCUGGCGCCACCACACACCAGUUGGGAGGCAGUUUGAGUCACUGCACGCUACUAUUGGUGCCACUAGGUGCUACAGCCGCUUUGGCACAAACUGGUGCCGGCCCAGUGGACUCUAGGCCGGCAUCAUAUGCGAUUUUGUAUAAAGACAAAGAUUAAGCAUCAAUCACAUAUUUUUUUCAAUGCUGUAAAGAAUAUGGAUAAUAUAUGUUAAUACAUGUAACUGUCAUGAAUGCAUAGGAAGCGACUCCCCUUGAAUUUUGUACAGCAUCCCUAGGGUAGAGGGUUGUUACACCCCCCCCCCCCUGAGGGGCCAUCAAUCUCACAAAAAACCGAUGUCUCCAUUUCUUAAUAGCAAUAAAAUAUGAUUGAUGCUUAAUCAAUGUUACAUAUAUAUUGUGAUUUGUUAGGUCAGCAACUCUCAUGUAUCAAGACUCGUCCAAUUUAAAGCUGUUUUUGAUGACACUCAUUUGGAUACCUCAGACAUCAUACAGUGCCAAGAGAGAAAACAAAAUCUGAUCAUUUCAUUAUUGAUGAUUUAUCAUAAGUUAUUUUUGGGAUUCAAACAUUAUUUUAAAGAAAAAGGACCUUUAUUUCUUUACCAUUUACUUUGACUGAGGUAUCAAAUUAAAGAUCAGAUAUUGAAAUUUUUUGACGCAUGAUUUUGUUUUUGAAAUUCAGAUACCCUCUGCCAAGUGACUUUUGGUUUCUUUUCUUUUCUUUUCCACUCGCGUGUGAAUUGGGGAUCAUCUUAAGUUAGAAUAAAUGAAAGAAUCUAAUCUUUAUGACCGGUGUGUUGGCUCAGUUGGUAGAGCGUCCGUCUCACAACCGGGAGGUCGGGGGUUCAAACCCCGGCCGCGUCAGACCAAAAGACGUAAAAAGAUGGGAGUUGCUGCUACCCUGUUUGGCGUUCAACGAUUAAAGGGUUAGAGCCUCGUCGAUCUGGCGCUGCACAGCGGCCGCCGGGCCCACGAUCAAUUGGGCAAAGCAAAUUUUCGGAGCAUUUCAUUUCAUGUCUAUUUCGAACAAUAAAUUAUGGAUUUA